GGGCAAUUAGGUUCCAGUGGAUGUUUUUUUCUGUCCUUUGCACAAAAACGAGGGUUCCUCAGAGCUGGCCCUGCUUGUCCUGGGGUCCUCCUUCCUGGUCCUCCAGGUCUUGCCCAGGGCCUUUCCCCAUCCCUCUGCCGCACUUCAGUAAGCUGAGAAUGGCUUGGAGCGAAGGGGGAGACACAGUGUCCAAAACAGGUCCUAAGCUUGGAAAAAUACUUUCACUUCUCUUUUCCCCUUUUGGGCGGAGCCGUCUCUGGGUAAGUCAGUCUGUGGGAAGAAUUUCUGCCCAGAGUCCGGGCAGCCACAGUGGACACAGGCCAGGCAGACGGGAGGGACUGAAGGCCAGGCUCUGAGGAUGGCAGAUGGAGGCCACGACCUGACUGUCAGGAUGUCCACAGAAGACCAGAACAUAGAUGGCAGGCUUAAUUAUGACUAUAUAUUCAGUUACUUCAAAAGAUUUAAGGUGAAGAUUUCAUAUGCGAUAGAAAAGACAUUUCCAUUCCUUGAGCUCCUCCGUGACCAUGAAUUCAUCACAAAUGAAAUGUUUGAAGAUUGUCAAGCAUCUUGUAGAAACCUGGUCCCUGUAAAUAACGUGAUUUACAGCAUUCUUGAUGAACUGGAGAAGAAAUUUAACCUAGAAGUUCUGAAGAUAUUGUUCGACGAUGACAACAUAAAGGAAUACCCUGGUUUAAUUCCCAUUUAUAAAACCUUCUUAAAUGUGCUUCCAGACAAAUGGUAUUUACAAGGAAUUGAUGAAAAAGGGAGAGAGGAGGGGCCCAGCAGCCAACUAACCCUGGAACAAGGUAAUAACAACAGGGCAGAACGUUCUCAGCUGCUAAGAGGAAAAGGGGCCCGAGUUCCCCCAGGAACUGGUGAAAACUCCUUUCCAAGCCUGCCUGGACCACACUUGGAUUCCUCCUUUUCCACUGGUACAACCCCACCUGAGAGUGGACUCUUGGAGCACCUCUGUGAAACAGAACAAGCAAAUACAAGGAGACAUGACACAACCGGAGACAAAAAUGAUGAACUAGGACACCCACAAGCAAAUCAACAAUGUGCCCAAGAGCCUGAGCCACCAGGCACCAUCUGUGAGGACUCUGAGAAACCCAGUGAUGGAGAUGGGCCCCUGGGAGCCUCCAUCUCAGCACUGGAAAGUGAACAUGAUAAGAAAGUCAUCAGUGACUAUGGCUCUUCAGAUUUGGGAAAGAAAGAGGCCCAAGAAGCCACUCGUUCACGACCCCAGAUUGCACCAGAGAGAAAAACUGCCAAUCCCGGACCUUUGAAAAGAAGAAGCAGCAGAAGAAGCAAAAGAAGAGUUUCAAAGUUUCCCAGAGAUGAAAGUAUGAAUUUUCUACUUCCUGAACUUCCUGUGACCUGUGGUGACAUAAAGGGGAUUCUGUAUAAGGAGAAACUGAAACAAGGAACCUCAGAGAAGUGUAUAAAGAGUGAGACGAGAAGGUGGUUCACUCUCAGGCGAUUUGAAAUUAAAGGAGGCUAUGAAAAAACCAGCAACUGGAAGCUAAGCAUACGCUGCGGUGGAUUUACCCUGAAAGAACUAAUAGAGGGCUCUGCCACGGGCCUGGGAGAGAUUCAAGUGUCUGGCUUUCCCUCCAGCCUGCCCCCAGUACGACAGCCUUCUCAGCAAGGGGAAGAGGAAACAUGGAGUUUACCACCACUCCCAGUAACCUUGCCAACUUCUUGGAAGGCAGAAGCAGCUGAGGCCAAUUUGGAGCCCAGGCCGUUACCCUGGACUCAGGCCAAGAAGACUGGAGGGACUGAAGGCCGGGCUCUGCGGAUGGCAGGCGGGGGCCACGAGCUGUACAUUGGGAGCAGAGCUACCCAGCCAAGGACUCCAAAUAAUUCCUUUCCUGUGUGUCUGAUGGAUAUAAAGAAGAAGCCACUUUUUAACUCAGAAGAUGAGCAGCAAGCCCAAGCAAGAACUAAUCAUAACCAGGCAUCUGACAUAAUAGUCAUCACCAAUGAGGACUCUGAAAAAUGCAACGACGGAGACGAGCCCCUGGGAGCCCCCCUCUCCGCACUGGAAAUGAUCAAGGAAUAUGGAUCUUCAAAAUCACCUGAGAGAGAGGAAACCCAAGAAGCUACUUGCUCACAACCCCAGAAUACGCCAGAUCCUGUGAAUAUUGGAAACACAUCUACUUGUUGUAUCCGCAAAAGGAAAAGACCACUCAGGGCCCAGAUUGUUCAAUGCCCCAACUGCAGUACAGUCAUCACCAAUGAGGACUCUGAAGAAUCCAACGACGGAGAUGAGCCCCUGGGAGCCCCCCUGUCAGCACUGGAAAUGUCCUAUAUCGAUUACCUUCUCAAAUCAAUUGAGGGACAGGACACCCAAGCAAGCACUUGCUCAGGACCCCAGAAUGCACCAGCACUGCUGCCCCUUGAAGCUUCCCUGCAAUUCCGUGAAGCCAAUCCUGUGGGAAGACUACCCACUCCAGUGAUUCAGGCUGCCUUCUUCACCUCCCACUCUAAGAGCAGAGAGCCAGGAAGUCAUCCCUAUUUCUUGACUUUUUUAAGGUAUACCAUAUCUCUCUCAACAUUAUGCUGCCUGUGCCUUCGAGAGGAUUGGCAAAGAAAAUGGGCAGAGCAAUCCAGCCAAGGACUCCAAAGUAAUUCCUAUCCUGUGCACCUGAUGGAUAAAACGAAGAAAAAAACAUCUAUUAACUCAGGAGAUGAGCAGCAAGCCCAAGCAAGAACUAACCAUAACCAGGCCUCUGACAUAAUAGUUAUCAGCAGUGAGGACUCUGAAGAAUCCAAUGAUGAAGAGAAGCCCCCGAGAGCCUCCAUCUCAGCACUGGAAAUGGUCAAGGAAUAUGGAUUUUCAGAAUCACAUGAGAGAGAGGAGACCCAAGAAGCCACUUGCUCACAACCUCAGAAUGCACCAGGAGCAGACCUACAAAGACCUGAAAAGGAGAAGUGUUCCUGUGUCAUGUGUUUUUCAAGUGGAGUGCCAACAAGUCAAGAAGCAACAGCAGAAAGUAGCCAAACAUCUGACAUGAUGGAUACCACGGAUGCUGGAAACAAUUCUGCUUUGAAAAAACACAGUGGAAAAAGAAGGGGAAAGAGAAGACAUAUAGCUAAUGUAAAAAGUCUCCAGAGAAGUAAGAAAAAAUAUCAAAGAAUUCCCAAAGAUAAAAGUAUGAAUUUUCAACUUCCUAAACUUCCUGUGACCUGUGGUAAGGCAAAGGGGACUCUAAAUAAGAAGAAAUUAAAGAGAGGAACGUCCAAGAGGUGUAUAAAGAGUGAGGCUGGAAGAUGGUUGACUCUCAGGGAAUUUGAAAUUCUUGGAGGCUACAGACUAUCAAAGAACUGGAAGCUAAGCGUACGCUGUGGUGGAUAUACCCUGAAAGAGCUGAUAGAGAAUGGACAUAUACAAAACCCACCAAGAACAAGAACACCAGAAAACUCGAAUAUUUGUGUGGUGUGCAAAACAUGGGGAACGUUGCUCUGCUGUGACACCUGUCCAAGAUCCUUUCAUGAGAACUGCCACAUCCCACCUGUGGAGCCUGAGAGGAACGGAUGGAGUUGCAUCUUCUGCAAGAUAAAGGUUAUCCAGGGAAGGUGCCCAGAAAGCCAACCACGUCGUCAGGAAUCUGAGGUUCUGAGGAUGCAGAUGCUGCCUGAGGAACAGUUGAAAUGUGAGUUUCUCCUCUUGAAGGUGUAUUGUUAUUCAAAAACCCUGUUUAUUGCCUCAAAACCAUAUUAUAGUAGAGUGGGGUCUCAGGGCCCACAGAGACCCAAGUGGUUAGACAACGUCAAGAAAAGUCUGAAUAAGAAGAAGUACCCUCAAGUGAAGGGGUUUGUGGGGGACAUGCGCCUCGUUUUUCAGAAUGACAAGUUAUUGUACAGGAAAAAUAAAUCCACCAGACUGAUACUAAAAGUACAGAAAAACUUUGAGAAGAAUUUCAAAAACAUUUUUGCAAUUCAGGAAACCAGCAAGAACAAUUCUCCACUUUAGCCCAUUAUGAUGUUACCUUAGCCCAUUCUUGUUUCCUCCCUGCAGACCCUGCAGCAGGGAGGUGCACAGUGGGGGGGGGGUCCCCUCACCUCUGCACAAUCCUAUGCAAACAGCAUAUCCUCUGCUUUUCCAAACUUACUUCAUUGCCAUUCCUGCUCAUUUAUUUCCCUAAAUAAAAAUUACAAUUAUGUUA